AACACUGGAGAUCAAUUAAAAUUAGCGUGACAAUCAUAUCAUAAUGAUUAUACUAAUGUUAAAUUGUUACAAGUAACAUUAACAUAAGACUAUAGCUAUCCGUGAAAAGAGUUGUCGUGCCGUCGCAACCAUCAGUCAGACUAUAAAAUUUUGCAACAAGGAUUUAUAAACAUAAUAAUCAGCAACUACAUUUACAUCUAGAUCCCACAAGCUGAUAGUUAUAGACAAGAUUUUAAAUUUGAUAGAACAUGAUAUCAAGAUUUUAUAUAUAAUAUGCAAUUAUAGUAUUCCCAUAAUUGAAACCGUAUCAGCUGCAUUUGGUCGCAAUAUCAAUCACAACAAGGAUCAUGACGCGACAGUGAUACAAAAUUUCAAUCAUAUAUUCAAAUUUCAAACAAAGGCAUUAAGGAGAAUCUUGUCGUGUUAUUUUUAUGUGUUAAUUAGGUUUUCUAGAAAACACUUCAAAUUUUGAAGGCUAUGGAAGAUGAAAGAGGGAGCAAUCGUUUGGCAAUGAACAAGGAGAAUCCUGGAUAUUUAUCACCUGAUGGAUCAGAAUUGAGAAGAUUUAGAUCAUAUCUAAGAUGGCUUUACGUGGACCAAUCAAAUUUAUGGAAAGCUUGUAUAUCUUGGUCGUUGUUUUUCACCUUGGCUUUCGUUGUACCAAUUCUAUCACACUUUCUACUUGAUUGUUCAACAACCUGUGAUGAAGAUCAUCGUCGACCGUACCAUGUUCCUGUUCAGAUUUCUUUAUCUGUCUUUGCAACUUUGUCUUUUAUUAGCCUCUCUGAAUGGGAUCGUAGAUAUGGUUUUAGUAGGUUUCUUUUUCUUGAUAAAGUUAGUGAUGAAAGCCUCAAGAUUCAACGUGGAUAUGCACGCCAAAUGAAGAGAACCAUGAAACUCAUCUUACUUUGGGGACUUCCCUGUUUCAUAGCUGAAUGUGUCUACAAGAUAUGGUGGUACAUCUCAGGAUCAUCCCAAAUACCACAUUAUGGUGAAAUAUAUGUGAGCAGCAUAAUUCUGUGCACAUUGGAGCUAUGUUCUUGGCUCUAUAGAACCUCGAUUUUCUUCUUGGUAUGUGUCCUGUUUCGACUCAUCGGCUACCUGCAUAUACAAAGACUAGAUGAAUUUGCUUCUGUUUUUCAAAGAGAAACCGAAGUAGGAACGAUCUUGUUAGAGCACCUAAGAAUAAGAAGGAAUCUACGUGUCAUUAGCCAUCGCUUUCGAGCUUUCAUUUUGUCUUCUCUCCUUUUGGUGACAGCUAGCCAACUCAUUUUUCUGCUUAUGGUUAUAAAACCACAUGCUGAUGUUGAUAUCCUUAGAGGUGGAGAACUUGGGUUAGUCUCCAUCACAUUGGUUAGUGGACUUUACAUACUCUUACGAAGCGCGACAAAGAUCACGCAUAAAGCACAAUCCAUCACAGGCCUUGCUGCUAAGUGGCAUAUAUGUGCAACCAUAAAUUCCUUUGACAACGUUGAUGGUGAGACACCUACAGCACAUGAUACAGCUUCAGCACAAGCUAUGGCUGCGAAUAUUACUUGGGGAUCAUCGGACGACGAGAUAGGAGAUGAAGAGGAUGAGUUGGAUAACACCAAAUUGCUUCCAAUUUUCACACAUACUAUCUCAUUCCAUAAGAGGCAGGCUUUAGUUACAUAUAUGGAGAACAAUAGAGCAGGAAUCACAGUGUACGGGUUCAUGCUUGAUAGAAGUUGGCUUCACUCCAUUUUUGGUAUUCAAUUGGCUCUCUGUCUUUGGCUACUUAACAAGACAGUUGGUAUUUAGAGACAGAAAGGAACUGCAAUGAUCCUCCUAGUCCUACCUUGUGCAUUUAGCAGUACAUCUUUUGAGUAAUCAUCGUUUCGUUCGAAUCUCAUAGUGUUGGUUACGACAUACGAAAUGUAAAUGAUGUGCGAUUACUGCACAUAUCGUUGAGACUAUUGUAAAUGUGUCAGCACCUCCUACUACUCGGUACUCAUUGGGGAAUAUUGUCAUAUCAGACGACACACAAGACAGGCACAUUGAAGUGCAUAGCCGGCCGGCAACAAGCGUUUGCUGCUAUAUAUAUACACGUGAAAUUCGCCUACAAAUUAGAAGUUUAUGAUCUUGUUAGUCUAGUGCUUUUCAAAUAUCAUAAUACUAAACUCCUUGCAUUUGUAUGCAUGUUUGUUAAACUGCUAUUGUAUAAAAAUAAAUGUUUUUCAUGUAAAA